AUGGUACAACAAAAGAUCCCCUUUACUAUUAGAUUGAAAACAUGUCUGAAAAUGUGUAUCCAAAGGUUAAGAUAUGCACAAGAGAAACAACAAGCCCUCGCUAAACAAGAUCGAAGGUUAGUUGCCAAAUUAUUAUCUGAUUCUAAAGAAACAAAGGCACAAUAUCGUGUGGAAAACUUAAUUAAUAAUGAUAUUCAUAUGGAAUUAUUAGAAAUAUUGGAACUGUAUUGUGAAUUGUUACAUGCAAGAGUUAAUAUAUUGAAUGACAUUACGGAUGAAGUGGAUUUGAUUUCAAAUCAUAUUGAAGAUGGUAUUAAUGAAGCUGUAAGAGCAAUUGUAUUUUCUACAUUAUAUGUGCCUGAAGUAAAGGAAUUGAAUCAAAUGGCGGAAUUGUUGACUUUGAAAUUUGGUCAAGAAUUCUUGAAAGUUAUUAGAGAAGAUCAUGUUGGUGUUCCUGAAAAAGUAUUGGGGAAAUGUUCCCCUGCUUUACCGAAGGAAGAUUUGGUCAUAUUAUAUUUGAAGGAAAUUGCAAUCACAUAUGACGUUCCAUAUAGUUUGUUGACAGAUUCUGAAUCUGAAUCUGAAACACAGAGUAACGAUAACGAGAAGACUGAUGAUGAUAAUAAUGAUGAUGGGGAUGGAGGCAACGUAAAAGAAAAAAUCAAUGGGAAACCUAUCGUAGCAAUGGAUAAUGAUGAAAAUAUAUCAACAGAUGAAAAACAUCCAAUAACAAUUCGAAAACCAAGACAAACUAGUGAGACUGCAGAAAAAAAACUGAAAAUAGCUGAAGAUAUCAAAAAAGAAGUGAAAAUCGUCCAUAAUAAGAAAAAAGUCGAAAAAACUGAUGAAUUAGAUGAAUUAAAGAAAAGAUUCGCAGCAUUACGUAGAUAA